GUUCUCUCCCCCGUGCGUCCUCACGCGCGCAUAAAUAGCGCGGCCAGUGCAGAGUGUCCCCGCCAGCCAGCACUGACGUCUCAGGCCUCUCGCCCCCGGUACCCGCGCCAUGUACGCUGUACGCUCCCUCGGCUUCGGCCUCGCACUCCUCGCAGUCGCCCUGCGCGCGUCGGCGGGCCCGCUCACGAAGCGCGCCGCGGCGUAUUACAACCCUGCGGAUAAUGGCGGCUCGAUGUUGACGAAUGCCGGCGACGGGUACGGCGAACCUCUGAACGUCAUCAUCUCUGGUCUGAGCUCGGCAGACGUCCUCACGUACGACGGUUCGAUCAACUACGCGCGCGCCAUCGGCUUCUCGACGGAGUGCCUCGGCAUCCACAUCGGCGCCCCGCAGAGCGCGAACCUGGGCGACGGCAACGGGUGGGUGAACCAGACGGUCGAGAUACGCGAGGACUACGGCGACGCGUCGGUCGGGACGUGUCUCGAGAGUGCGAUCGGCGGGAACCACUUCCGGAUCUUUGUGCAGAACGGGACAAACGCCGAUAGCGGGGCGCUGUUCCUUGCCGUCUCGUAUGAGGAAGACGCGUCGGAGGGGCACGACAUCGAGCCAGAUGGCUAUGACAUCGGACGGGACGACCUCGUCUCGGGGGCGCUUGGGACGACGAGCUAUGGAGGGGUGACAUACAGCACGACGGCCGAGAAUAUCACGGGCCUGCUGGCAGCAGGGAGUGCCGGGAUCAACCACGACAUAUCGAUCGACGGCAUUGUGACGUUGCUGACGGUGACGAUUCAGUGAGCGCGGCGAGCGCGAGAUGCUCGUGUUCUUGUAUCGCUGG